CUACGCGCCCCUUCGCUCCGGGCGGACGCUACGCCGCGCGCUCGUAGAACCCUCUCGUAGACUCGUAGCCGACACGCUGCGAAAACUUUCAUCUUCAAUCGUAACUUUCUAAAUUGAUCAUUCGGUUUUUCGAGUUGGUUUGUUGAUUCUUAAUUAGUGAUUUAUGAAUUGAAUUGCGAGUGGACAACUUUUUCUAUUAGGAUUUUAGCAGCGAGCAGUGCGCUUUCGGCUCGAUGUGCGUCCGGCGCGCGAGGAGGGAGCAUGCUGGUGCACCUCAUAAUACUUAGCACCGCCCUCGCGGCAGCCAACACCGGGAAACACGGAGGUGUGGAAGUACCGGAGUUUGGUGAGCCCAUCACAAACCUGACUGUGCCUAUAGGAAGAGACGCCACUUUUGAGUGCAUAGUUGUCAAUCUGGGAAACUUUCGAGUGGGCUGGGUGAAGGCAGACACGAAGGCGAUCCAGGCUAUCCACGAGCACGUGAUCACUCACAACCCUCGGGUAUCAGUCUCCCAUAGUGACCACUCCACUUGGUACCUGCAUAUCAAGAACGUGCAAGAAGAGGAUAGAGGGCAAUACAUGUGUCAGAUUAAUACUGAUCCUAUGAAGAGUCAGAUGGGCUUCCUAGACGUAGUGAUACCACCCGACUUCAUCCCCGAAGAGACUUCGGGAGACACGAUGGUUCCCGAAGGUGGAACGGCCAGAGUAUCCUGCAAGGCCCGAGGAGUACCGCCUCCGAGGGUCAUGUGGAAAAGAGAAGAUGGAAUGGACAUUGUGGUACGGGACCAAACUGGAGCGAAAAGCAAAGUGCUAUCGUACCAGGGUGAAGUGUUGAAGCUGACCAAAAUAUCACGUUCAGAGAUGGGCACAUACUUAUGUAUCGCCGGUAAUGGGGUCCCGCCUACAGUGAGCAAGCGGAUCCACAUCAGUGUACACUUUCACCCUGUGAUCCAAGUACCCAAUCAGCUGGUGGGCGCUCCGCUGGGUACUGACGUCACCAUAGAGUGCUACGUCGAGUCAUCGCCCAAGUCCAUCAACUACUGGGUUAAGGAUCCAGGUGAGCUGAUCAUACCUUCGGAGCACCACGUGAUGUCGGUCAGACAAAAGUCAAUGUUCGAAGCUGAGAUGACAAUGACUAUCAAGAAUAUUCGAAGGGAAGACUUGGGGAGCUACAUCUGCGUCGCUAAGAAUUCCCUUGGUGACGUCGAGAGCAAGAUAAGAUUAUACGAGAUUCCUGGGAACGAUAGGCAUGCAUACCAGUACCCUGAUGUUCGAGCUACCUCGGAUGAUGAGUACGGGAACAACGCCUAUGAUGAUGAGGAUGAGGAUAUCGAUAGCAUGAAGAGUAACAGAGUGCCAGAUAGAGCGAAUAAGUGGUACUCCAAUGAUGGUAAGGUGACGGUGAUGACAGCCACCGGGGCCUCGUCGACCAUCACAACGACGACGACAAUCUUCCUGUGUCUAAUCAAAAGUCUGCUAUAAUUACUAUAACUGCUACAAUAAAUGUUUUUCCUUUUUUAUCGUCAGCCCUGAUGCUAAUUCAGGUAAAUUGUCAACAAUCACAGCCUGUAAUUACGUUUGAUUGGAAUAAUUUCUGUAGGCAUCGUUUAUUCUUUUGUUUUUUAGAGUCGGCGAAUAUUUUGUUUCAUAGUUUUUUAUUCCAUCAGCGUGUAACGUGAUAAUAACUAGUCUUAUAACGUUGUAUAUAGUUUGUAAUAGGCGAAUAUCCGAACUGUUUGUAAGAAUAUAAAUAAUAAUAGUAACUCAUUUCUGAUAUUUAUUGUUAAAUACAUUUACGAGAUCGUAUAAGAUUUAAGCAAAUGUUUAUAAAUGAAUGUGCCAUGUAUAUUGCUAUUAACUUGAAUAGAGACAUUUAUAUUAAAGUUUUUAUUGGGCAUGGUAAAUUUAAUUGUAAAUAAUAUAUUGAUAUGUAAGCGAUAGAGGACAUAUUUACUUAAUGACUUGUUUGAGACAUAUGAAACAGUUAAUAGUUGCCGAGUAUAUACAACUUAAAGUUACAUUUUCCAGUGCUUACCCUUCAGCUGCAACUUUUGUACAAGAUACAAUACGUAGUUAUAGAUUUACUGCCUAAAGUAUCUCACCACUUAAACAAACUUGCUAUUGCGUUCCUGAGAUUUGUUCAACAGAUUCUGAAACAGUUAUUAAUGGAAUAUCAAAAGUUGCAGAUGGAGUAAUUUCCGCGUAUAUCUAAAUAAUGUAGUCGAAUAAUAAUGUAACUUCUUCCGAACAAUGUACGUUAAUAUCCUGAUCGUUACAAAAAAUAAUAAAAUCAAGGACAUGUC